GUUUCGAGUACGUAGUAGAUUAUAUAUAUUCGAGGAACGUUGGUUAGUGUAUAGGUUAUGGCGAGGUAGGUGGACGAUUACUAGGUUGGACGUUUGUGUGUUGUCUGUCACUGUUCCGUUUGUCGUCUGUUGGGGUCGUCGGCUUUGAUGGGUCGAGUGCGUCUGUGGCUUCCACUGCGUCCGCUUCGUCUAGAACUUCCUUGACUAGCGCAGCCACUAGUUUGUCUUCUUCUUGUGUGGUGGAAGUUGAUGGCAACGAGGGUGUCGACGAGGAACACGCCAGUGCUUGUUGGGCUUCUUCGAGAAGCGCUGCCAUAUUCACAUCGGCGUCGCUUUGCAAGACGUCAGCUAUGGCCUCGUCGAUGGUGUCGUCCUGGCUAAAGUCUUCAAAUUCGGAUGAUGACGACAGGUUCUCGUCCUCGUAGUAUUUGGAAAGAGCCGGUUUCGACAGUUGUAGGGCUGGCUCCCCGCCCCGCAGCCGCUGUAAUCUGGCUUCCAGGGUGCCCAUCGGAGGGGCCACCGUCGUCUCUUUCUUGAGAGCUGCCAACCGCAGCGCCAAGUCGGACACGAUGGGCAGCUUUUGGUCUUGUGCCCGUCGGACGUCUUGCGCUUCGGCAAACUUUUGCAACGCGUACAUUCGUUCGUCCACUGAACGGGUCUGAGACGGCGGAGAUGGAGUCGUCAGUUCGUUAUGGGGGGGAUGGAUGGACGUCGACGACGAUGAUGAUGACGCCAGUGGCGAGAUCGGUUGCUGGGGAGGUGCUGUGGGCACCGAUGCCGGGGGAAUCGUGGGUGCGAAAUGGGCCGGGAUGGCUGGUACUGGCGGCGGUGGUGGUGACGACGUUGGAGGGGGCAAAAUCGAGUUUGACGUGGCCGCCACUCGGUCGCGCAGGGUGGCGAUGGUGGUGGUCAACUCAGCGCACUUGUCGGUUAGUAGCUGCCGUGUCGAUGCCUUGUCCGAUGGAAUGUGUGGACACGACUGAAGAAAGAACCGAUGAGCAUGCUCGUAUGCGUGUAAUGCUGCUGCCCAGUCUUGCUGUUCUUCAAGGACUGCGGCCGUUUCUAACGAUCGAAAGCCGUCGUCAAUGGCGAGCUUGGCAUCGCUGCUGCGCGGGGUCUGGGACGAGGUGGAUGGUGGCACAGCAGGAACUGGAGCAUGCAAAUCGAUGGGUGGUGGAAUGGUCAAUGUCGAAGGUGUUUGAGGUGCAAGACUCGGGGACUGUGUGGCUGGAUUCACGACCGUGUUGAGCUCGACCAGGUGAAGCAAGUGGUCUCGUUCGACCUCGGAACCCACAAAGAAGGACACACUCGUCGUGGUCGCCGCCGUGAAGUACUUGGUGGCCUUUCGAAUUGCUUCGGUAGUUCGUCCCGUGAAUUCAAUGCGGGAUUUUUUUGUGGCAGCGCCGUCUCCUAGCAAUGGCCGGGCACUGAUCACGACAAGCUCAAUGUCUCGAUAGCGAAGGAGAAGCCCUGUCUUCUUGGACCCUGGUAGAUCCAGUGUGGAUACAUCUGCUGGAGAUAGCUCAAAGGGCUCUUCGACCCAGUGCUUGAACACGAACGAGUUGCCGCGCGUGUACGCAAUGCCGCCUCCCAUUCUUUGAUGCUGCUGGAUUCUCACAGUAACACAAGUACUGUAGGUCGAUCGCCAACAUAAAUAAA